AUGAACAAACAGAAUAAUGAAUCUAAUCCCAUAGAAUUUGUGAUUGAUGCUUAGAGUUCAAAGGCACCUAGUUCCUAAGAAUUUGAAUUUGAGACACAAUCCUUUACUAGCAAAGAAGAUGUCUUAAAUAAUUAGAACUUUAAACCAUUCUUAUAGGAAAGAGAUUCCACAGGAAAAUUAGUUGGAAAAGAUAAAAAGUUACACUUUCUUAAAGGUUAAUAAAUAGUAUUGUGUACAUCAGGCUCUAAAAGACUUAAAGUAAGACUAAAUUUAUUGUUAUUAGUUUUCAACAACAUCAAUUUUAGGUCUCAAUCCUAGAGCUGUAACAGCAGAUGAUAGAAGAUUGGCUAAACGAGAACCACUUAAGAAUUUUAAAUUAAAUUUACAAGCUGAUUAAGGCUUUAUCAAAUAGUUUAGAGAAAUAACGAAACAUAUUAAACCAACAUCCUAAAUGAAUAGUGGAUUUUUAGGACCUCAUAGAGAUUAUUAUUAUAAAACAGUAUUUAGAAAAUUCAAUUAAACAAGACAAAAACUCCAGGUCCAGGCGUAUAUUAAUCUCUUUAUAUUACAGCUUCGAAUCCAAUUGAAUUUCCAAAAAGUCCAUAAAUUAGUUAACCUGCAUAACCAGUUUGUAACAAAGACUUUUAUGAUUUCAAUAUGGUAUAGAAAAAUAUCUCUGGACCAUCCUUUGUAAAAACAUAGAGUAGAGAUAGUGCCUAUUAAAGAGGGAUUUUUGCUUAAAUUGAAAUAGAAAAAAGAUAAACUUUGAAAUAAAAACCAGAAGAAUAUGAUGAAUAAAGGAUUGAUAGAGAAAUAGACUAUUUAUUACAAUAGUAAUAAAAAUAUGGGAAAUAAAGUAUAAAUAUAAUUAAUCAAUAAGCCUAACCUAAUUUAGCUUGGCCAGUUCCUUUAUAAAAAAUUGAAUUACCAGAGAAAGUACAUGGAUAAUGGACUAAAAUGCUGUAUUAAUUAAUAUAUCUAUAAAAUUAGUGAACGCUAUGGAUUUAAGAAGUAAACUGGGGGUAGAUUAAUAAAGAAUACAACUGCUUUAUGA